UAUCGCUGCCGCAGCCGAAUCGCAACAACGAAACAAUCUCCCCGUCUCCUUCGCAAAUGAAGGCAACAAGGAACCAUGAACCGGAAACACAGCGCCCGGCUAUUUUAAUCGCACAAGAUGGUGAUAAUAAUUUCCCAUGUAAUGGCACAGAUAACCAAGACAGGGGACGAUCAGUCCAGACUCAGAAUGACACAACCAUGGAUCCGCAUAGUAUCCAGCCCCGUCUCGGGCUGCCGUCCGAUAGGAUAACGACGGCCGAUCUGUCAGCGUAUCUUGCAGUGCCCGCAUCGGAGCGCGCGGCGUUGGUUGAAAGUUGGGUAUGCCAGCAGUUGGAGGACGAUGCGUUCCUUCAACUAUGCCUGGAUGUCGAGGGGGUGUGGAAACGGAUUGCGCUGGGGCGCUAAUUCGAGUCACGGUUACCUAGGUACUUAGGUAGUAUUCUACCGGCACGGAUUACUGGGUAUUAUUAUUAUGUGAUAUCCAUUAGCACUGAGUGGAGAAGGCCAAAAAGAAAAGGGCAGAAAUCUAAGCAGGCAGC